AACCUGUUGUGUGAGCAGAAGAGGUUUGAAUUGCUGCCGCAAUUGCGGUUAUUUUGGUAUUGCGCGAAAUAACAGAUAAAUGCGACCAUAACUGCGGUCGCGUUGACGUUGGUGCCACAAUCGCGAUCGCGAACAGUGUUUCAAAACAUCGUGUGAGGUUGAGGCUCGUCUUGUUUCUAAUUUAUUGUAGAUUAUACAUUCACGAGGGAGAUUAAAUAAAUACGAAGUUAGGCGCAUGAAAAAUUGUUGUUCCUGGUAUGCUUAAGUCAGUACUUGAGAUGUGCCGGGAGUGGAGCUAAGCUCUGUUUGUAACUAGGCCAUAAUUGCCAAAUUUGAGAAACCUUGUCUGGCUUUUAGUCCCACUCAAGUGAAAGAGAAAGGGAGGAAGGGGUUGAAAAGAACUCAGAAUCAGUCAUAAUUCCUUAAUGGAGAGUUCUGAAGAGGAAAAUGAUGGAGUCUCCAGAAAUCAUGUCCCCAAGGAACUGAUUCGUUUAGCAUCUAAUGGUGCAAAAUUUGUUGACGAAGUACUCAAUGGUCAAAAUGAAUGUUGUCUGGAGAGUUUUCGCAUGGAUAAACACGUAUUUUAUAAGUUAUGUAAUAUCCUGCAAGCCAAGGGUUUAUUGCGUCACACAAAUCGAAUCAAAAUUGAGGAGCAACUAGCCAUAUUUGUGUUCAUAAUUGGACAUAAUCUACGGACAAGAGCAGUUCAAGAGUUAUUUCGUUAUUCUGGAGAAACUAUUAGUCGUCACUUUAACCAUGUUUUGAAUGCUAUAAUGUCAAUUUCACUGGAACUAUUUCAGCCUCCUGGCUCUGUUGUUCCUUCAGAAAUAUCUGAAGAUCCUAGAUUUUAUCCAUAUUUUAAAGAUUGUGUGGGAGUAAUUGAUGGUAUACAUGUACCAGUGACGGUAGGUGUAGAUGAGCAAGGACCUUUCCGCAACAAGAAUGGUUUACUUUCACAGAAUAUUCUAGCAGCUUGCUCGUUUGACCUCAAGUUCCAUUAUGUUUUGGCUGGAUGGGAAGGAUCUGCUACAGACUUGCAAGUUUUUAAUUCAGCAAUUACAAGACGGAACAACUUGCAGGUCCCUGAAGGUAGAUACUACAUCGUAGACAGUAAGUAUCCAAAUGUGCCAGGUUUCGUUGCUCCAUAUUCCAUUCCCUACUACAAGGAAUUUCCCAGCGAUUUCCACCCACAAGAUGCUACAGAGCUAUUCAAUCAACGGCACUCAAUAUUUCGAAACGUCAUAGAUCGAACUUUUGGGGCUUUAAAGGCACGAUUUCCUAUAUUGAUGUCUGCUCCUUCUUACCCAUUACAAACACAAGUGAAGUUGGUAGUGGCUGCAUGUGCAUUACACAAUUUCAUUCGCAAUGAGAAGCCAGACGAUUGGAUUUUCAAGAUGUAUGAGCAUGGUUCAUUUCCAAUGGAGGAAUCAGAACCCCAAUUAGAGAUGGCAGUGGCACCAAAGAUGGAUGUCGAGAGCCAGACUCAGGCAUCAGAUCAUACUUUUGAUUCUGAAGAAGUUGUACAUGAUGCUUCACAGUUAAGGAACUCUAUUGCUGCUGAAAUGUGGAAUGAUUUUAUCCAAGAUUUCCCCCCAUGUAAAUUUCAUUAAUCAAGCUUAUAUGAUCAUAUUAAGUUUUCAUCUUCCUCAGGAUCUACAGUAUGAGACUGUUGUCAUAGUUUACACUAGCGUUUUUUUAUAAAACAGAAGUAGCCCUGUACAUCACAUCUCAUCUCAUAAGCUUUUGCUUUUAAUUAUUGUAAGAUAUUACGCUUCAAUAUUGGAGCCAAUGAUCCUUGGCAAUAGAUGAAUUCAGUAAAAGGUCGAUUUAGGAAAAAAAAUCAUUCAGAUUUUCUAC